ACACCUAUCAAAGUCAGAAUCUCUAUUGAAAAGGCAAGGUACGCACGGCAGAAUCUUCUUAACUUUCUUCUAAAUUUCUUCUUCCUUCAUCCUAUCCCUUCUUUUUCUUUGUUUUUUUUUUUUUUUCCUUCAAAUUCUAAUUUCAUUAUAUAAACCCAUUACAAUUAAAUUCUCAGCCCCUCCUGUAAUUGGCCAAAAGAACAAAAAAAAAGAAAAAAAGAAACAGAGCUAUGUUUCGUUUUUUCAGUUAUUUCUGUUACCUCUACGUCUAUUUCCUUCUCCGUUCCCGCCCUUCAUUUCCUGCCAGACUUAUACCAGACUCCAUGACUGUCAUAACCACCGGUACCCAUAACACCAGCAACGCCACGUGGCAUGAUUUUACUCGCUUCCUCGACGCGGGGCAGGGCAGUGAAGUCACUGGCAUGUCUGAGCUGAAGAAAUACUUGAACCGUUUCGGUUACCUCCCGGGGAACGUUAAUUUCACCGAUAUAUUUGAUUUGGAGUUCGAGUCAGCAAUUUUAGCUUAUCAAAACAAUUUGGGCUUACCUGUGACAGGUAAAUUAGAUGCCGAUACCAUCUCUACAAUCAUGUCACCUAGAUGCGGUGUCAGCGAUAAGACAACCGAUUCUUUACAUGUGACAAAACAUUAUGCAUAUUUCUAUGGCAAGCCAAGGUGGACAAAGGGAUCGCCAAUAGCAUUAACCUAUUCUUUUUCGCCUGAAAAUAUGAUUGAUUACAUAAGUUUAGACGAUAUAAAGAUUGUAUUUAGGCGGGCUUUUUCGAGAUGGGCAUCAGUUAUUCCGGUUAAUUUCAUGGAAGUUGAAGAAUACAAAUCGGCCGAUAUUAAAAUCGGGUGGUAUCACCAUGAUCACGGCGAUGGAGAGCCGUUUGAUGGGGUUUUAGGAGUAUUAGCACAUGCUUUUUCUCCAGAGAACGGAAGGUUUCAUCUUGAUGAAGCUGAGACAUGGGCUGUUGAUUUUGACAAGGUUAAGUCAAGGGUAGCCGUUGAUUUGGAAUCAGUAGCAACUCAUGAAAUCGGACAUAUACUUGGUUUGGCUCAUUCUUCGGUCAAAGAAGCUGUGAUGUAUCCAAGUUUAAGUCCAAGGACAAAGAAAGUGGACUUAAAGAUUGAUGAUGUGGAAGGUGUUCAAGCUCUUUAUGGGUCAAACCCUAAUUUCAAGUUUAGUUCUUUGAUGGAGUCUGAAAAUUCUAUUGACAAAGGGAUCGGCAUCAAAUGUAGAAUAUCGAUAUGGAGCAUUUCUUUGUUGGUGGGUGCUUUGUUACUGUUUCUGUUUUCAUGAUGACACUUUUGUUUUUAACUUUGUUACAUGUAUGAUUUUUCAGUCGGAUACAUACAUAGUAUAGCAAAUUGUUCACACUUUAUACGAAAAGGAAGAAGAUAGAGGAAAUAUUCUUUGAUAUUAAA